AUGCAAAGAACAAGCAGUGGAUCCCUACUCAGUGAAGAAAUUGACAAUCAACAACAUCCUGCAGAAGACAUUGCUGAAGAACAUUACGAAGAAAAUGUAGACCCUGAAUUUGCUCAAAAACAUCCAUUGCAACAAUCAUGGACUUUAUGGUAUCAUAAUCCACCACAAUUUAUUCAAGUAUACACCUUCGAAUAUGUUGAAGAUUUCUGGAGUGUUUUCAACCAUAUUAAACCUCCUACUCAUCUUGAAACUGGUAGCGCUUACUACAUCUUGAAAGAUGGUAUCAGGCCUGAAUGGGAAGACCCAAAGAAUAUCCACGGAGGAGAGUGGAUGUUCCCAUUCUUGAGAAAGAAGUGCAAUGUUAACGAUUGGUGGAUGAAUUUAGCUAUGGCUCUCAUUGGUGAAUUCUUUGAUGAUGGUGAAAUUAUCACUGGAGGUUGUGUUGCUGUUCGUAAAUCACAAUUUAGAUUGAACAUUUGGGUUGGUGAUAAGUCUAAUGACGAGGCUAUUGUACGUAUUGGACAACAAUUUAAAGAGUCUCUCAACCAUGGUUCUAUCACUGGUAACACAAAGCAGGGUGAUCUUUCAAUCUUGACUUCACAUGCUGACCAAUUUACCUUUGAUUUUAAGACCUUUGAAGAUCAAUUACAAGGAAAGAAGAAUGUCCUUCAUUGCAUUAGAAUUGAUUAGAUUUUGUUCAAUUAAUGUUGUUUAAUAUUUUGUUAGAAUAAGAAAUUUAUUUAUUUCAAACAACAUUCUAUUUAGAUAACAACAAUAUGUGUUUAGACCCUCUAUUGUUUACUCCAUAUUAUUUAAUACGAGUAAUUUAAUUAAUAGUAGCAAAUAGUAUUUUCCAUCCUUCUCCAUUCCCUUUUAUCUUUUCAAUUUGUAAAACAAAUCCCUUUCCAUAAAUUUACGAUAAUAAGAACUCAAUUUUGCCUU